AUGAACUUGUUGCUCGGGAUGGUUAAGGGGAGAAGGUCCAAGAGACGGAGGUGCUCGGCGGCCAACCUCACUGAUGACCUCGUCGUUGAGAUCCUCUCUCGCCUCCCUGCCAGAUCAGUCUGCCGCUUCAAGUGCGUGUCCACGACAUGGCGGGACCUCAUCUCGCACCCUGUUCACCGUAUGAAGCUUCCCCAGACCCUGGCCGGCUUCUUCACAAAGCACGAUAGUGAAACUGUAUUGUGGUCAGUCCCCCAUUUCACCAAUGUCUCUGGCACAGGCCUCCCGUUUGUCUCCCCUUCACUUGACUUCCUGCCAGUCCACAAACGCAUUUUUCUCUUGGACAGCUGCAACGGCCUUCUCCUCUGCAGCUGUUGUGCUGCCGGGGAAUUGGAUAUGAUAUAUUACCAUCAGUUUGUGUGUAAUCCUACCACAAAGGAGUGGGUUGCACUACCGGACCACAACCAGGCUGAAAAAUGGCGGUGUUCAUGUCUGGGUUUUAAUCCAACCAUGGCACCCCACUUCUACGUGUUUGAGUUCUUCAAAGACUUUGGGCCCCUAGCCCCCUCGGUCGUUGGAGUGGAAGUAUAUUCAUCUGAAACGGGAGAACGGGUUCGUAAAGAGCAUGAACUGGAUAAUGAUUUUAGCCUUCCCGAUAGGUUGCCAGGUGUCUUUUUCAACGACUGUCUGCAUUAUCUCACCCACAAGCCUUCUAUAGUUGUGGUGGACACCGAGGGGGAAGUUUGCCGAAACAUACCUGUCCCUGUCCCUGGUGAGCAGUGGUUUGGUUUCAUUCAGCUGUCCCAGGGACGUUUGCAUUACGCCAAUUUUGAGGCAGACCAUGAAGACGAGGUGGUUCGACUGGUGGUUUAUGUUCUUGAGGACUAUGACAAGCAAGAAUGGACAUUGAAGCAUACUGCUGAAGCCUCACAUGUAGUUGGAUCACAUGGUUUAUAUGAACCUGGAUGGGUAAGUUAUAUAAAUCUUGCAGAAAAGUUUGAGUGGGUUGCAAUUCAUCCAGACUGUAACAUGAUCUUUUACACUGUUGAGUGGGAUAAAACAUUGAUGUCCUAUGAUAUAGAUCGUCGGCAAGUCCAAGAGAUCUGCACUCUUUGA